CUCUUUCUUUCUCUCUCUGAACUUUAAUAUUUCGUUUAGAAUGGUAGAAAUAAUUAUGUAACCUAGGAAACAAUGAAUUUGACUUUGGAUUGUUAGUAUAGUGAUAGUAUCAUAUAAUUGAGUUUUACAAAUAGUUAAAAUUUCCAUUUUGAUUAUCACUUAAUGAAUGUAUAUAGUUUAAACAUCUAAGUGAGAAGAAAAUAUUUAAUUCUCUAAUAAUACAUAUCAAGAAAUUACAAAAAUCAUGGAUAUCAAGAAUUUACAAGAAUUUAUGGAAUUGGUUGGUCGAUUGAAACAUAUGAAAAGAACAGGAUGGGUUCUUAAAAAUGUUCCUGAUCCAGAAACAAUUGCAGGUCAUAUGUAUAGGAUGGCUAUGUUUUCUUUCUUGGUAGAUAACGAAAAUUUAGAUAAAGUCAAAAUCAUGCAAAUGGCUUUAAUACAUGAUUUAGCUGAAUGUAUUGUAGGAGAUAUAACACCUUCUUGUGGUAUUCCAUCUGAAAUUAAACACAAGUUAGAAGAUGAAGCUAUGGAAGAUAUUUGCAAACUUCUUGGAGAUAGAGGACCUAUGAUAUUAGAGAUAUUUCGUGAAUAUGAAAAGCAAGAAUCUCCGGAAGCAAAAUAUGUUAAAGAUUUAGACAGAUUAGAUUUAAUUAUGCAAGCAUAUGAAUAUGAAAAAAGGGAUAAUAUUCCUGGAAAAUUAGAAGAAUUUUUUACUACUACAAGUGGCAAGAUAAGGCAUCCUUUUAUUCAAAAAUUAGCAUCUGAAAUUAUUGCAAGAAGACAAGCUUUAUGUUGUAAUUUAACUACCUCAGUAUAACUGACUUUGUAUUUAUGCUUUAUAAAAAAAAAAAAAAAAAAAACCAUCAAUUUCAUUAUUAUAUUUAAUAGUUAUAAGAAUUUAUAAGAAAAU